GUCCGCACGGUCUCUGCGGGGUGGGAGCCGCGCAGAGCCUGCCCGGGCCUCCCCAGCCGGGGGGUGCCGGCCGGGGGGGCUGCCCAGCCGCGGGGCUGCAGCUCGCUGCUUCUUAGGGCCUCUAGCAUAGUCGAACAGCAAAAGAAAAAAAAAUCAGCGCAGCGGCCAACUCGGUACUGCGAGGAGGGGGCAAAGGAACUAUUUUGCAGGCAUCUUGCUGCUGCGGAAAUGGAUUUCUUGAGGGGAGGGAGGCGCGCGUGCGGGUCCUCUGUCUAGUAAUGCUGCCCACAGCUCAGAAAAUGCCACUCGGGCGGCCCCAGAUGCAGCGAGUGGGGAGGGCGGCCGGGAGAAGCCCUGGCUCAGGCACCCCUCGGCCGUGGGCAUGAGGGGGCAGAUGUGACGUGUGUGAGCAGCCACCCCUCGUGCCGUGGGAGCAGAGGGGGAGCAGCCCGGGUUAGCAGCCUGUCUCCCAGGGCUGUGGCCGAGCCUGCCUGGUGCUGCAAGAGAGAUCCUAUGAGGAUUUUUAUUGCGGUCUCUUUGUUAGCUACAGACAGGCACGCACACACUCCCAGCUCUCAGCCAGGUUGUGGGAGGCCUGUUGAUUGGGGCUGCCUUUAACCCUUUGGUGUUUGCAGAGGUAAUGCGGCUGUGGCAGUAACUGAGCACCGGCUAAAAAAAUCUUUCUAAGGUCAAGGUUCACAAGAUUUGCUUCCAAUCAAAUACGUGACCAUGGGGGAUAUGAAGACCCCAGAUUUCGAUGAUCUUCUUGCAGCCUUUGACAUACCAGACAUGGUUGAUCCCAAAGCAGCUAUUGAAUCUGGACAUGAUGACCACGACAGCCACAUAAAACAAAAUGCUCACCCAGAGGAAGAUUCUCACGCCCCGUCAUCGUCUGACGUUGGUGUGAGCGUCAUUGUGAAAAACGUGCGCACCAUCGAUUCCUCCGAAGGCGUGGACAAGGAUGGCCACCAUUCCACAGGCAAUGGCUUGCACAAUGGCUUUCUGACAUCAUCAGCUCUGGAGAGCUACAGCAAAGAGGAAGGGAAGUCACUGAAGGAUGAUGGGUCAGCUUCUGAGACUACACUGAAGGAUUCAGCUUUCAACCAGUUCAGCCCAAUAUCGAGUGCUGAAGAAUUUGAUGAUGAUGAAAGGAUUGAGGUGGAUGACCCCCCGGAUAAAGAGGACAUGCGUGCAAAUUUCAGAGCAAACGUCUUGGCAGGAUCUCUGUCUCAGCAGGAAUAUGACAAACUAAAGGCACUUGGAGGGGAGAACUUGAUUAAACCUGGAAUCCCAGUUUCAAGUAGUAUAGAUAAAAAUAAAGUUGCUAAACGAGAGACGGAGACAAACUCUGUAAAUUUAAGUGUCUUUGAGCCUUUUAAAGCUCGAAAAACAGAGGACAAAUUGCUAAAAGACAAUUCUGACAAGCUUAUUGAAAACAGAGUACUCGAUGGAAAACUGAGUACUGAAAAAAGUGACACAAAUCUUGCCAGCAUUUCCCAGUCCAAAGCAAAGUCAUCAGCAAAGCUUUCUUCCUGCAUUGCUGCAAUCGCAGCCCUGAGUGCUAAAAAGGCAGCUACAGACAGCAGUAAGGAUUUACAGUCUAACUCAGGAGAGUCUUCUCCAUUACCAAAAGACAUAAGUGAAAGUCCCCGGGCUAUUGAAAAGUCCCCUGAGUCUCAGAGCCUCAUUGAUGGUGCCAAGAAGCCAUCUGUCAAACCACCUGACAGCCCCAGGAGUGUCUCGAGUGAGAACAGCAGCAAAGGGUCUCCAUCUUCCCCUGCAGGGUCGACACCAGCAAUUCCUAAGGUUCGUAUAAAAACCAUCAAGACUUCUUCUGGGGAGAUCAAGAGAACUGUUACUAGAGUGUUGCCAGAAGUUGAUUUGGACUCUGGUAAAAAGCCAGAGCAGAGUGCUUCCAUGGUAACUUCCAUGACAUCUCUGCUGUCCUCGCCAACUUCUGCCGCCGUUCUCUCCUCUCCUCCCAGAGCUCCCCUCCAGUCCUCAGUUGUCACCAAUGCAGUUGGAUCUACAGAACUUGCCCCCAAACAGGUCACUAUCAAACCCGUGGCUACUGCCUUCCUGCCCGUGUCGGCAGUGAAGACGGCGGGCUCCCAGGUGAUCAACCUGAAGCUCGCUAACAACACCACGGUGAAGGCCACUGUCAUCUCUGCCGCGUCCGUGCAGAGCGCCAGCAGCGCCAUCAUCAAAGCUGCCAACGCCAUCCAGCAGCAGACGGUGGUGGUGCCAGCGUCCAGCCUCGCCAGUGCCAAACUCGUGCCAAAGACGGUCCAUCUCGCCAACCUUAACCUUCUGCCUCAGGGUGCUCAAACCACCUCUGAACUGCGCCAAGUGCUCACGAAACCCCAGCAGCAAAUCAAGCAGGCAAUAAUUUCUGCAGCAGCCUCACAGCCUUCGAAAAAAGUGUCUCGAGUGCAGGUGGUGUCAUCUCUACAGAGUUCUGUAGUGGAGGCGUUCAAUAAGGUGCUGAGCAGCGUCAAUCCCGUACCAGUUUACAUCCCAAACCUCAGUCCCCCUGCCAAUGCCGGAAUCACGCUACCUACACGAGGUUACAAGUGUCUGGAGUGUGGUGACUCCUUCGCUCUCGAGAAGAGCCUGACCCAGCACUAUGACAGGAGGAGCGUGCGAAUUGAAGUGACUUGCAAUCAUUGCACAAAGAAUUUAGUUUUCUACAAUAAAUGCAGUCUCCUGUCACACGCUCGUGGACACAAGGAGAAGGGCGUUGUGAUGCAGUGUUCACACCUGAUCCUAAAACCAGUCCCAGCAGAUCAAAUGAUAGCAUCUCCUUCCAGCAAUACCGCUGCAUCCCUGCUCCAGAGCGCGGUGGGAACUGGCACGCACUCCGUAACAAAGAUGCAGUCUGGCUUAACUGGGACAGUGAUCUCAGCCCCAGCCAGCUCUCCUGUCAUUCCAGCUAUGCCGCUAGACGAAGAUCCAUCGAAACUCUGUAGACAUAGUCUAAAGUGUUUGGAGUGCAAUGAAGUUUUCCAAGAUGAGACAUCUCUUGCAACUCAUUUCCAGCAGGCUGCAGACACGAGUGGACAAAAGACAUGCAAUAUCUGCCAGAUGCUGCUUCCUAACCAGUGCAGUUUUGCAUCACACCAGAGAAUUCAUCAGCAUAAAUCUCCAUACACGUGCCCUGAAUGUGGAGCAAUCUGCAGAUCUGUCCACUUCCAGACCCAUGUCACUAAGAACUGCCUGCAUUAUACCCGAAGAGUUGGGUUUCGCUGCGUGCACUGCAACGUCGUGUACUCGGACGUGGCGGCUCUCAAGUCUCACAUCCAAGGUUGUCACUGUGAAGUCUUUUACAAGUGUCCUAUCUGUCCCAUGGCAUUCAAAUCUGCUCCCAGCACACACUCCCAUGCCUACACACAACACCCUGGUAUCAAGAUAGGCGAACCAAAAAUAAUAUAUAAAUGCUCUAUGUGUGACACUGUGUUUACUCUACAACCUUUGCUCUAUCGCCACUUUGAUCAGCACAUUGAAAACCAGAAGGUGUCUGUUUUCAAGUGUCCAGACUGUUCUCUUCUAUAUGCACAGAAACAGCUUAUGAUGGAUCAUAUCAAGUCUAUGCAUGGAACUCUGAAAAGUGUUGAGGGGCCACCAAACCUGGGGAUAAACCUGCCUCUCAGUACUAAACCCACGACGCAGAACUCAGCCAGUCACAACAAGGAGGACACAAAAUCUGUCAAUGGAACAGAAAAGUUGGAGAAGAAAUCUCCUUCUCCCAUAAAGAAAGCAGAGCCUAAAAAAAUCGCUAAUCCUGGCUGGACAUGUUGGGAGUGUGACAGGCUCUUCACACAGAGAGACGUUUACAUCUCCCACAUGAGGAAAGAACAUGGAAAGCAAAUGAAGAAACAUCCAUGUCGACAAUGUGACAAAUCUUUCAGUUCUUCCCACAGUUUAUGUCGUCACAAUCGUAUCAAACACAAAGGCAUUAGGAAGGUUUAUACAUGCUCGCACUGCCCAGAUUCGAGACGUACUUUUACCAAGAGGCUGAUGUUGGAAAAACACAUUCAGUUGAUGCAUGGUAUUAAAGACCCUGACGUGAAAGAAAUGGCUGAAGCUACCAAUAUGGAAGAAAGGGAGGUAAAAGAAGACACAAAGGUUCCUAGUCCAAAGCGUAAAUUGGAAGAACCUGUACUGGAGUUCAGGCCUCCACGAGGUGCAAUCACUCAGCCAUUAAAAAAGCUGAAGAUAAAUGUUUUUAAAGUUCACAAGUGUGCAGUUUGUGGCUUUACAACAGAAAAUCUUCUCCAGUUUCAUGAACAUAUUCCUCAACAUAAAUCUGAUGGCUCUUCAUACCAAUGCAGGGAAUGUGGACUCUGCUACACAUCUCACGUGUCCCUCUCCAGGCACCUCUUCAUUGUACAUAAGCUGAAGGAGCCUCAGCCAGUAUCAAAACAGAAUGGGUCUGGAGAGGAUAAUCAGCAAGAAAACAAACCCAAUCAUGAGGAUGAAUCAUCUAACAGUGCAGCAUCAGACAGGCGAUGCAAAGUGUGUGCAAAGACUUUUGAAACUGAAGCGGCCUUAAACACUCACAUGAGAACACAUGGCAUGGCCUUCAUUAAGUCCAAAAGAAUGAGUUCAGCUGAAAAGUGAUCAGAUUACUUGGGAUGCAGAAAUCUCUCUCUCCACAUUGGAAUACUAAGGACAUUUUUGCUACAGAAAGUUCAAGGUAUAAUAGUGUUGCAAUAUAUUCUGCAUAAAAGUGUCCCCUUCACCUCAUUGUCUAUAUCCUCAGAACCAUUGAAGCAGUAUUUGAGUUGAAAAGAGUUUGUAUAUAUUUAAACUAAUAAUUUUUAUACUCUUUGUUAUGUGUUUGUAUCGGUAUCUAGUGGAAAAUUUGUUUUUUUCUGUUUUGUUUCUGUUUUUUUGUAGUAAGUUUCUUUAAAACAGAGUUCUGAAUGCUGGGGCAGUUCCUUAGGUUCUCUUAAGCUGUUUCUUUUUUGAAUGCUUCCGAAAGAAAGUUUAGCUAAUGGAAGUGCAUCAGAAGGCAGUGCUUGGAGGGGAGAAGGGAAGAGAAGCAAGCUAAGAUUUUAAAUUCUAAGAACUUGCGCUUCUAAAUGUCUGUGGAAGCUUUUAAACUUUCUCUUACAAAGUAUAUAUUAAAAAGAAAAAGAAGUACCACUGCAUGUGUAAAAUGCAGUGCUGGUUUUUAGGUGGCAACACCAGAACAGGUGCAGACCCCCUAGAGCAGUAAAGUACUUUUGAAAAGUAUAAUUGCACAACUCUAUGUAUGAUAAAGUGAUUUUGUUUAGGUCAUCAGGUGCUUAUGAUCAAAGCUCAAAUUGUUACAAAAGGGCUGGGCUGCUCUGGAUUUAACAAAUAAGAUGUAAUUAGAGGAAUAGGUUUAUAAUGAUGAUGUUUUUUGUCAUGUAAUUUAUUAAACAUUAUAUAGAAGCGAGUACACAGCAUUACGUAUUUUCCUUUUUGGUUAUUGAAAGCAAAUAGUUGACCCUCGCUGCAGGGGCUGGCGUUUGCCAGCUCUGCACACUCAUGCCAAACGUUCUGGUGCUCAGUGUCACACACAGCCACAGCUGGGAAGGAGCCAAGGCCCAGCCGUGGGUGUGACGGGGGCUGGAGCCUCAGCACAGGCCCUCGGCGCUCGGGAGCCACCGCAGGCCCGCCCGGCGCCUCCGGUUCCGCUUGCACAAGUACACAAAGGUACCAUCCCGGCCCUUUCAGAUAGAGUUCUCUGUGAGAGUAUAUUUUUGGUUUGUUUUUGCAUUUUAUACCUUGUAUGUAUCCCUACGAGAAAAAAUUUUGUACUUUUUUUUAAAACAAAUUGUGUAUAUAUAGAUAGCUGCAUGAGAAACAGUAGUAAUUGUUGGGUUCCUUAAAAGUCUUGCUGCUGUCAGAUGUUACUAUACACUAUGUCCGUUACAACUGUAUUAAACACAUUUCAUAUGUAAAUAAAUGUGGAGCAUUUUGCCCCUAAAGAUUUGUGAGAUUCUCUUAUUUAUCAUGAAACUUUAACAGUUUUAAAGUUUGAAGUGUUUAAAAAAAUACGGAUCCUCUCAGCCACCUCUGUAAAACUUCUCAGUCACUCUGGAAAUUGUGUAUUGGAUACGUUAGUUCUGCUCUCUCCAUCCUCAUUCUUAAUUUGGCUCAUCAGUAAAUGCUCGUUAGGCCAGUUCUCUUACUGGCAUACUGAGUGGUUAUGAGGUACUUCUCCACCCUACAGCAGGAUCUCAGUGUGUGAUGUAAACUGCCACCACUGCCCUUCCAUUCAGUGGAUACCUCUGAACACUUGUUUGUUGAUGUGCACUGUCAACUGUACAACAAAUGAGUUAUCACUAUGCAGAAUGGUGUUUUGUAUACAGUGAACAGAUAAUAAAAGUUAAAUUUUCA